GAUCUUUGUUUUCUGAUCAUAGCUCUAGAUAUUUAUUUAUUUAUUCUGGUUAUUUGUUGGUAACUUAAUAAUUAAACAGAUGAGUCACACACUCAUGCAGUGUAACUUGUCUUGCAAAAAAAAGGAAUCUGGCAAAACUGAAAGUGUUUACUGCAACCUCGCAAACAACAAAAGCAGCACGUUUGACUUUCUGGUGGAUCUGUAGGUGAGACUGAAACAUGUUUUCAGAUCUUAUUUCUGCUUGAUUAUCUGCACCAAAGAGAGAGGAGAUAAGACAACAACAUCAGAGAUGGGUCAGCUUGAGGGGAAAUCCAGGUUAUCUGCCGCCAGUCUGCUGUUGCUGACUAUGUGCUGCAGCCACAUCGCUGCUCGCAGUCUCAAGGAACAUCUGACUGAUUGUUUGGGGGACAAAGACUUACAUGUACUGAUGAAGACGGUGAAACAUGGCCUUCCUCAUAUCAAUCAGUCUAAUCAUGUAGUUAUUGUUGGAGCUGGCAUGGCUGGGCUGACAGCAGCGAAACUGCUUCAAGAUGCUGGACACCAGGUAACCAUAUUAGAGGCCAGUGGUCGUGUUGGUGGACGAGUGGAAACCUACAGGAAUGAAAACGAGGGCUGGUAUGCUGAACUUGGGGCCAUGAGAAUCCCAAGUUUUCACCACAUCGUCUUUUGGUUUGUGGAACAGCUGGGCCUAAAGUUGAACAAGUUCAGGAUGGAUGACAACAACACCUUCUACUUGGUCAAUGGAGUGAAGAAAAAAAUGUAUGCAGUCAAAGCAAACCCUGAUAUCCUCAACUACAAAGUGAAAGAAAGCGAGAAGGGGCUGUCCGCCGAUGCACUGCUGCAGAGAGCUUUGCAGAAGGUUAAAGAUGAAGUAGAAGUUCAUGGCUGCAAGGCUGCUCUGAGAAAGUACGAUCAUUACUCUGUGAAGGAAUAUUUGAAAGAAGAAGGAGGUCUGAGCCGUGAGGCCAUGAGGAUGAUUGGAGAGCUUCUUAAUGAGCAGAGCCUCAUGUACACCGCGCUCACAGAGAUGAUCUAUGACCAAACAGACAUCAGUGACAACGUCAUGUACUACGAGGUAAUUGGUGGGUCGGACCUCCUCCCCAAUGGUCUUCUCUCGCUGCUUCAUGUCCCUAUUCUCCUGAACUCCAAGGUUCAGCGCAUCAGCCGCUCACGUGAAGGCGUCACCGUCUCCUACCAGACGGACCGAGAUUCCUCUCUCAGCCAUAUUAAUGCCGACGUCGUCCUGGUGACAACUACAACAAGAGCAGCUCUUUACAUGGACUUCGACCCACCGCUCUCCAUCCAAAAGAUGGAAGCCUUGAGGUCAGUCCAUUAUGACAGCUCCACCAAAAUCCUUCUGACCUUCAGUGAAAGGUUUUGGGAGAAAGAUGGGAUCAAAGGGGGAAAGAGCAUCACCGAUCGCCCUUCACGUUUCAUCUACUACCCAAGCCAUGGUUUCCCAGGAAAUGACUCCAUUGGGGUCCUCUUGGCCUCCUACACCUGGUCUGAUGACUCCCUCCUCUUUCUCGGUGCCAGUGAUGAAGAGCUGAAAGAGCUGGCUCUCAGAGACUUAGCCCUGUUGCAUGGUGAGGGCGUCAGGACUCUCUGCACCGGUGUUUUAGUUAAGAAAUGGAGUCAGGAUCCAUACAGCCACGGCGCCUUUGCUCUUUUAACCCCUUAUCAACACUUGGAGUACGCUGCUGAGCUCUUUAGCAGUGAAGACAGGAUUCAUUUUGCUGGAGAACACACAGGCUUCUCUCACGCUUGGAUCGAGACUGCGAUGAAGUCUGCAAUCAGAGCAGCUGCCAAUAUUAACAAGGAGGCCUUAAUGUUCUCAGAUAAAUGCAGAGAUGAGCUCUGAUAUGAGUUUAAAAAUGUGGUUUUAUUAAAUAAUGAUAAAUGGGAUUUUUUUUUUCUAAAUUCUAUAAAACAAAAAUCAUGUAAUAUUUUUUAUUAAGUUUUUAUUUUUUAUUAUGUAUUUCUUUACAAUAAACAAUGGGAUGUUUUCAAGACUUUGCAGUAGCAGUAAUCUUCACUUUUAGUUCUGUUUGAAUAAAGUGUCUCAACUAAAAAAACGUCAAAUUGCACAAAUAAAACAAGCAUUUCCUUCUA